GCUGCCAAAAUGUCCGACUGCCCCUUCUGCAACAUAGCCACGCACUACCCACCUUCUUCCACCCCAUCCUCAAAUGCCGAACUCGUCUCCCCCUCCGCGUUCGUCGUUUUAUCUACACCCCUCUGCAUGGCAUUCCUCGAUAUAAUGCCCCUCGCGCCCGGUCAUAUACUAGUAACGACGAGGAAACACUACCAGAAGCUCAGCGAUGUAAGUGAGGAGGAAGCAGCGGAGCUAGGGGUUUGGGUGAGGAGGAUUAGUAGGGUCUUGAUGAAGAUUACUGGUGUGGAGGAUUGGAACGUCGUGCAGAACAAUGGAGCAGCUGCUGCGCAAGUCGUCCCGCACGUACAUUUUCACAUCAUACCCCGCCCUGCUCUCACGCCCGAGUUGCGGAAUCGAAGCUUUACUAUGUUUGGGCGUGGGCAGAGGAGUGAGUUGGAUGAUGAUGAGGCAGCGGACAUGGCGGGGAAGUUGAGGGUUGCGUUAGGGAGGGAAGAGUGGAAGUUAUGA